AUGGGGUUCGGUUCUAAAGAUGAGUGGUGUGGAUCCAUCGUCAAGUACAGCAUGUUUUUGUCCAAUUUUAUCAUAUUUAUUGGAGGCAUCGUAUUGGUGGCCAUAUCAGUGUAUACGCUAUACGAUAAGUCGUUCAUCAAAGAGCUAUUGGGCACCAACUUGUUCACAGGUGCCGUGUAUAUAUUAAUCGUGGCGGGCAUUUUGCUGUCACUCCUGUCAUUUUUGGGGUGCGCCGGAGCCGUCAAAGAAGUCAAGUGCAUGCUACUGACGUAUUUCAUAAUUCUGUUCAUUAUAUUCAUCGUGAUGCUCGUCGGAGGGAUAUUAUGUUACGUGUUCAGGCAAAGGCUACAUUGUUGUGGAGUCACGGGCUACGAUGACUGGAGGCAGCACAGGAUUGGCGGAAUCAUUCCCAGCAGCUGUUGUCAAGAGAUCAACGGAAAGAAACAACCGUGCAAUCUGAGUUUCCAAGCGAGCCUACAGAUAUACAAUACCGGCUGUCUGAACGUGACCACUGCUUUCAUGAAGGACCACGCGACUACUGUCGGGACUGUUGGUAUAGCCGUGUCACUGUUUCUAGUACGUAUAUAA